AUGCCGGUCGCCGAAAAAGAUAUUCAGCUCCCAAAACUACCAUUACCAGACAUUGGCAUAACAUUUGAUCAGGUCUGUGAAAGUUUAAAACCUUUAAAUUAUGCCGAUGGAUAUUAUCAUCAUCCGUUACAUCCAAAAAAGUUUCAAGAAUUACAAGAUACUAUCAAAUGUUUUUUGGAAAGUUCUGCCUCUUCAAAGAUCCAGAAUUGUUUGAGCGAAUUUUAUAAAUCGGAAAAAUGUUAUUUGGAUAGAUUAUAUUUGGAUAUCAAUAAUCAUAACUCUACUACCGAAAGUGAUAAUCGUGAAGAUCUUUUACCAAGAAAUCCCUUUUUAAUUUUACAACCAGAUGCCUCGAACGAUAAUAUAAGCCAAGAGGAAAGAGCUUCUAUUUUAUGCUUAGCUAGUUUAAAAUUCAUUGUUGCUCUAAGGAAAGGUAAAUUGUUGCCUGACAAAAAUAUGAAUAUGCAGCCUUAUUUCAACAUAUUUGGUAGCACAAGAGCUCCAAUUUUUGAAUCCAAUGAGGUGGAAAAGUUUGAUCUAAAUAAGCCAUUUAGUGAAGAAGAUCUUGAAGAUUAUAACCAUGAUCAACUUAUUAGCAGCGACAGCGAAACCACUGGUAGCCAAUCUCCUUGUGAAAGUAGAGAUAGUUUUUCCAGUGACACUGAUGACGUUUUUAAUAGGGUCAAUAGUUCAAGUAAAAAGCAUGGGAUAACCCAAAAGACUUUCCCCCGUUCUAAUCACAUUUUGAUUAUAUCUAAAGGCAAUUAUUAUACUUUGCCUGUAUUAGAUAUUGACACCGAUGAAAUAAUAAUUAGCAGUAUGAGCCAAUUAAGUAAAAUUUUUAGAGAUAUCAUAAUCGAAUCUUCCAGUUCUAUAGGGACCAUUCACUCCACGGGAGUGGGUUGUCUAACCUCAUAUUCAUUUAAAAAUUGGAGAUAUUCUAGGAAAAGAUUGCAAAAGAGGUAUCCUGAGGAAAUGCUUAAAAUUGAUAGCGCUUUAUUUGUCGUUGUUCUUGACCACUGCGAAUACGAUGAAGAAAAUAGGAUUAAAAGUAUAUAUUAUGGAUCAAACGAAAUUGACCCAGUCACGGGGUUACAAGUUGGUUCAUGUACCAGCAGAUGGUAUGACAAAUUACAGCUAGUUGUUACUAAAAAAGCCGAGGCUGCAGUCAUUUGGGAUUCCUUUGGGUGUGAUGGUUCCACUGUCUUAAGGUUUGUUUCCGAUAUUUAUGCCGAAUCUGUUAUGAGAUUGGCUAGAGAAGUCAAUGGACAAGAAUUUUCCCUAUGGCCAUUUGUCAAAUUGAAAACUGACAUUUCUGGAAAUGGUUUCGAUAAUUCCCCUCAAGUAGCAGCCAAAAUCAUUGACUGGUCAUUUAGUAAUGUUUUGAAUACGCACAUACAUUUGUCUGAAACUAAACUUACCGAUAUUAUUCACAAAAAUGAUAUCAUAUAUGAACGUAUCCCAUUUGGUGCGAAUUUUGCACGCAUGUUGGGUGUCAGACCAGACUCCUUAAUCCAGAUUGCCAUCCAAAUAGCUUAUUAUCUUCUAUACGGUAAGCCAGUUUUCACUUAUGAACCGGUUUGUACCAGAAACUUUAAUAAUUCGAGAUCUGAAUUUAUAACGAUUCAAAAUCAGCAACUAUUACAACUCUGUCAAUUGUGGUUAACAAGUAAAGGCUCACACGCCGUUAAUAGCAAUACGGAUGAAAAUGAGUUUUUAUUGGCCAAGUUUCAAGAUGCUUGCGUUAAUCACACCGAAGCUAUAUUGAAUGCCCGUAAGGGACUAGGGUUUGAAAAACAUUUUCAAAGUAUCCAGAUUCUUUAUAAGUCCCAUAAUAAUUUUAACAUUCAUUUCAGCUCCCAAGAAAAAGAAUUAUGCAAUAGAUUGUUUAAUAACGAAUUAUUAACACCUUUUACCGAACCUGAAUUGAUUUGUUCCAAUUGCGGUAACCGUGCAAUGAAUGCUUUUGGUGUAACACCUGCAGUUUCUAAUGGCUUUGGCAUUGGGUAUAUUAUAACUCCUGAGUACACAAAUUUGACGGUGAUAUCCCAAUUUAGACAAGGAUCAAGAUUACUAUGUACUUUAUCAUCGAUUUUAAGCAAUAUUAAAGAAUUGUUGAACAAUUCGAAGAGUCAACAAGCUGCUGGAUUUAAUCAAGAUUUUUAUGAACUUGAUAAUAUAUUGAAAAGAGAUAAUUCAAAUGCUGCUUUACCAAAGUUAUCUACAAGAAAUAGUGAUUUAUUGUUAUGGGAUUAUGAAGGCCAUGUUAAAAGUCGCAAUGUUUCUAGAGUAAAUUCAUCUACUAAAUUGAAUUAUGUUUCAUUUACUCCUUCAAAUUCAGAGAAAUUGCAAACUGGACGUGAAAUUGACUACGUAUCCAUUAAUAGUGGUGAUAAGCAAUUACCAAGUCCUCUCUCACCUUUAAAAAAGAAAAAGAAAAAUGUUAUUAAAUCAAAAUUUGAUAUUAAUUUUGACAGAGGAAAAGUCGGUACCAAAGUGAACAGUGGCUUCACAUAG